AUGGCAAAGCUUACAUUCGCUCUCAUCGCCGCUCUCUUGGUGAUCACCGCCACUGUAUCGUCUGCAUACAGGACCACCAUCACCACCGUCGAGGUCGACGAAACCAACCCGAGAGGCCAGGAACAGCAAUGCCGCGAGCAAAUUCAGAGGCAGGACUUGGGCGUUUGCGGACAGUACAUGAUGCAAUCAAGAGGAGGAUCAAGGGGAUCCCGGGAAAUUAUUGUGGAACUUCCCGAGCAGGAACAGCAGCAAGGAAGACGGAUGCUCGAGCAGUGCUGCGAUAAGAUUAAACAGAUGAGCGACGAAUGCCAAUGCGAGGGAAUUCAAGCCGUCACUCGAUCACUGCUCGAGCGUGGUGAAAUCCGAAAGGAACAGUACGAGGGUGUGAUGCAGAAGGCGAGGGAUAUUCCUUCUUCGUGCGGGGUACGAGGACGAUGCGAUAUCCGAACAAUGAUGUUCUAA